GAAGUUCACCGACCGCUCACUUUACGCACCAACACUUUGAAGACCCGACGGCGCGAUUUAGCACAAGCUUUGAUUAAUAUCGGCGUUAAUGUGGACCCUAUAGCCAAGUGGUCGCGCGUCGGACUUAUAGUCUAUGACAGUCAAGUGCCGAUCGGAGCGACACCACAAUACCUGGCCGGGCAUUACAUGCUUCAGGGCGCCGCCUCUCUCCUCCCUGUCAUGGCUUUGGCCCCACAGCAGAACGAGAAGGUCCUUGACUUAUGUGCCGCACCGGGAGGUAAGACUACUCACAUAUCGGCUGUCAUGAAGAAUACGGGCAUUGUUUUCGCCAACGAAGCCAACAAAGACCGCUGCAAAGCAUUGGUUGCAAAUCUUCACCGAUUGGGUGUUGUGAACGCUGUGGUCAGCAAUUAUGACGGCCGCUCCUAUCCUAAGAUUAUGACUGGUUUCGAUCGAGUUCUUUGUGACGCCCCCUGCAGUGGCACCGGUGUUAUCGCUAAGGAUCCCAUUGUCAAGACUAGUAAAGAAUCAGUAGACAUUCAAAGAUGUGCUCAUUUGCAGAAAGAAUUAAUUGUGGCCGCAAUUGAUUCUUUGGACGCCAAUUCCAAAACUGGCGGUUAUCUCGUCUACUCUACAUGUUCUGUAUUG